UGCUGUCAAUACCUCAUGCUCACUGUCAUUUUGCCCCUCGUUCGCUGUCCCCCAACUCAAACUUCAAGUUCAGUCUCACUGGCCCGUCUCCAGUAGCAAAACCGAGGCUCUCCAGAUCCAGCUCCACACACAGCAAUGUACCUCCUGCCAGCACAGACCAUCCACAUGCCGCUCCCAUGUCCCGUCUCGCACGACGCCGCAAGGCUGGCGAUCGGCACUUUCAUCACAGUCGGGAUGGUCGUCUCGUAUUUGCCACAGUUCAUCAAGAUUUUUCGCAAGAAAAGCAGUGAAGGAUUGUCGCUGUAUUUCUUCUUCCUGGGAUCGCUCGGGAUGGUAGCGACUGUCGCGAACAUGGCUUUACUUCAGUACCCUUCCAUAGUGUGUUGCCGGAAAUCGCCCCAGUGGACGCCUUUGCUAUGCUUCGAGAACACUCUGGGCUUCACUCAGGUCGCCGUCCAGACGGCUUGUUUCAUGACUUGCGUCAUUCUCUUCUACGUCUACUAUCCAGCGCACCUCAAGCAUCACCCAGAUAGCACCGAACCGACUCUCGCGUAUACGCGUGCUAAAUGGAUCCGCCGCAUCAUCAUUGCUUACACGGUCACGAUCACUGCGACGGUGGUGAUCCUGCUCACUCGAACGACGGAUGCUCAGGGAAACAGUGAACCGGCAAGAUACGUGGCCGGUGUCAUGGGUGUUGGCGCCGCUUUCACUAGCGUGUUCCAGUUCAUGCCGCAGAUAUUGCAUACUUGGGAUUUACAGGCGGUCGGCUCCCUUAGCAUCCCCAUGAUGCUCAUGCAAUGCCCAGGCUCGUUCCUGGUCACAUACUCGCUAUACAUCGCACCAGGCGCCAACUGGACCUCGUGGCUACCCUACUUCAUGAGCGGCUCGCUCCAAGGCGUCCUACUCGCAUUGUGCAUAUUCUUCACGCUGCGAGAGGGGAAGCAUUCACCGACAAGGAGGGAAAGCGACGGGUCGAGGCUUGGGGACGCUGAGGAACCGGCGCAAGAGAACGAUGGGGACGACGGCCGAGGCGAUGGAGAGGACAGCGCGCUGGGCGAGGAGGCGCCGUUGCUGGGACAGAAGGCUGGUAGUGCGGCAACUCCGCGGCCGCGGGCCCCGGUGGUCGUGGUGGAGGAUCCCGGCGCCGCUGCCGAGAGGCGUGGGAGCUAUGGCGCUGUCGAGGGUUCGUGAACCCGUUUGAUAUUUGUUCUACUGUGUCUGUGCAAGCCCAUGGCGUUAAGUAUUGUGAGCGACCCUCAAUCUUGCUCGCGUACGCUUAUAGGACGUGGGGUGUAGAUUGGCAUACCCUCCGAGUCUCCCACUGUUUCGAUCCCAUUCCCGGCUGCCAUCGUGGAGCAAACGAGGCCACUUUCUUUUGUAUAU